CGGCUGGCGUCCCUGCAGCCGUCUCUGCAGCCUGCGUCCGCGCUCGCCGCCCGAGCUCCCUUCUCCGGUUCAGACCGGGACAGGGUUUGCAUUGCAGUCAGGACGUGCUUCCCUUGCGUCGAGCUUGGAGCUGCCCGCAGAUCGAGUCGCCAGGGACGCUGGGGGAGGAGGGAUGGGAAACCUGGGGAGGAAGCUGCGGAGAACGAAUGGCACCCGCAGAUUUCUAAAAGCCUCUACCGUUUGCAGACGCACCGUAAGCCACGUCUUAAGCUGCUUUUAAAAGUUAUGGCCAGAUACUGAUUCUUGUGACGAUUCUGUGAUCUACCUGAAAGGUUCUUGCUGGGAAACCAACAAAAGAAGACAGUUAAGGCACCAGCAGUGCCAACAGGGCUGACAGAGCGGAGGAGCAAGACGAGUUGAAGGCAUCCGAGGCCAGUCCACUGAGAAGCAGUUGUAAUGGUGCAGCCAAGCUAGAAGACUUUGACACAAGCCGAAGGUGGUGUGGACGAGUCACUGGUGGCCUGAGUUUUCCUAGUCCAGGCUGAUCCGAGGGAGAUGGACUAAAGCCACGGAUUGUCUGGUUCACUGUCUGGGAACUGGAAGGAGGACUGGGAUGGUCUUCCGUGCACAUCCCUAGACUAACUGCAACAAUGAGUUCAGACGAGAAGGGCAUAUCCCCUGCUCAUAAAACAUCCACUCCGACCCAUAGAAGUGCCUCGUCUUCAACGUCUUCUCAGAGGGAAAGCAGACAGAGCAUCCACGUUUUGGAGAGAACUGGUUCAUCCAGCACGGAGCCCUCUGUCAGUCGGCAGUUGCUAGAGCCGGAGCCUAUCCCCCUCUCCAAGGAAGCUGACAGCUGGGAAAUUAUAGAAGGGCUGAAAAUAGGCCAAACCAAUGUCCAGAAACCAGACAGGCACGAGGGAUUUAUGCUGAAGAAAAGAAAAUGGCCUUUAAAGGGCUGGCACAAGCGCUUUUUUGUCCUGGAUAAUGGAAUGCUGAAGUAUUCCAAGGCGCCGCUUGAUAUCCAAAAAGGAAAAGUGCACGGCAGCAUAGAUGUCGGACUGUCUGUCAUGUCGAUUAAAAAGAAAGCUCGGAGGAUAGACCUUGACACGGAAGAGCACAUCUAUCAUUUGAAGGUGAAAUCCCAGGACUGGUUUGACGCUUGGGUCUCCAAACUGCGCCAUCACAGGUUGUACCGUCAGAAUGAAAUUGUGAGGUCGCCGAGAGAUGCCAGUUUCCACAUAUUUCCUGCAACUUCGACAGCCGAGUCCUCCCCAGCUGCUAAUGUCUCUGUUGUGGAUGGAAAGAUACAGCCCAACAACUUUCCAUGGCAGUCGCCGUUACCAUGCAGUAACAGCCUCCCUGCGACCUGCACAACUGGGCAGAGUAAAGUGGCAGCCUGGCUGCAGGACUCAGAAGAAAUGGACAGGUGUGCAGAAGAUCUUGCACACUGCCAGUCAAACCUUGUGGAACUUAGCAAGCUCCUGCAAAACUUGGAGAUACUUCAGAGGACUCAGUCAGCGCCUAACUUCACUGACAUGCAGGCUAACUGUGUAGAUAUUUCAAAGAAAGACAAGCGGGUCACAAGACGCUGGAGGACAAAAAGUGUCAGCAAAGAUACAAAAAUUCAACUCCAGGAAGGGCCACCUGCGAAGGGCCAGUUCAACACAACUCGGCGCCGGCAGAGGCUAGCAGCAGCAGUGGCUACAACAGUUCCUUUCAGCGCCACCAUGUCACCCGUGCGUCUGCACUCCUCUAACCCCAACCUUUGUGCAGACAUUGAGUUCCAGACCCCUCCUAGCCACCUCACCGACCCUCUGGAAAGUUCCACGGAUUAUACCAAGCUACAAGAAGAAUUUUGUCUAAUUGCACAGAAAGUGCAUUCUCUUUUGAAGUCUGCAUUUAACAGCAUAGCUAUAGAGAAGGAGAAGCUGAAGCAGGUGGUCUCAGAGCAAGAUCACAACAAAGGCCACAGCACACAGAUGGCCAGACUCCGGCAGUCACUGUCACAGAGUGAAGGAGCCGGCCAAUCCUGGGCACUGAACCAGAACGCUGAGCUCCGGAGUCGGCUGAACAGAAUACACUCAGAGUCUACAAUUUGUGAUCACGUUGUCAGUGUAAAUAUUAUCCCUAGCCCCGAUGAGCCUGGUGAGCAAAUCCAUGUCAGCCUCCCUCUGUCACAGCAGGUGGCCAACGAGAGCCGCCUCUCCAUGUCAGAAUCUGUGUCAGAGUUCUUCGAUGCCCAAGAGGUGCUCCUGUCUGCAAGUUCAUCAGAGAAUGAGGCUUCCGAUGACGAGUCCUACAUCAGUGACGUGAGUGACAACAUAUCUGAGGACAACACCAGUGUUGCCGACAACAUUUCUCGACAAAUCCUGAAUGGGGAGCUCACAGGAGGCGCCUUCCGCAAUGGCCGUCGCACCUGCCUGCCUGCCCCUUGCCCGGACACCAGUAACAUUAACCUGUGGAAUAUCUUGAGGAACAACAUUGGCAAAGACCUGUCGAAGGUCUCCAUGCCUGUGGAGCUCAACGAGCCCCUCAACACUCUGCAGCACCUCUGUGAGGAAAUGGAGUACAGUGAGCUCCUGGACAAGGCCUCAGAGACCGACGACCCCUACGAGAGGAUGGUUCUCGUCGCUGCCUUUGCAGUCUCAGGGUACUGUUCCACCUACUUCCGAGCAGGAAGCAAGCCAUUCAAUCCAGUCCUGGGGGAGACCUAUGAAUGCAUAAGAGAAGACAAGGGGUUCCGGUUCUUCUCGGAACAAGUUAGCCAUCAUCCACCCAUUUCUGCCUGUCACUGUGAAUCCAAGAACUUUGUGUUUUGGCAAGAUAUCAGAUGGAAAAAUAAGUUCUGGGGAAAGUCCAUGGAAAUCCUGCCCGUCGGAACCCUGAACGUCAUGCUUCCAAAAUAUGGGGAUUACUACGUGUGGAAUAAAGUCACCACGUGCAUACACAACAUCCUGAGUGGGAGGAGAUGGAUUGAGCACUAUGGUGAAGUGACCCUAAGAAAUACCAAAAGCAGUGUCUGCAUUUGCAAACUCACGUUUGUCAAGGUGAAUUACUGGAACUCCAAUGUGAAUGAAGUCCAGGGGGUGGUGAUAGACCAGGAGGGGAAGGUGGUGCACCGGCUGUUUGGGAAGUGGCACGAAGGACUCUACUGCGGGGUGGCCCCCUCGGCAAAGUGCAUCUGGAGACCAGGUUCUCUGCCAACCAACUAUGAGCUCUACUAUGGCUUUACGAGAUUUGCCGUGGAGCUCAACGAGUUGGACCCCGUCCUGAAGGACCUCCUUCCUCCCACAGAUGCCCGAUUCCGGCCAGAUCAAAGGUUUUUGGAAGAAGGGAACCUAGAAGCUGCAGCCGCAGAGAAACAAAGAGUUGAGGAACUCCAAAGAUCGCGAAGACGCUACAUGGAGGAAAACAACCUUGAACAUAUACCAAAAUUUUUUAAAAAAGUUAUUGAUGCAAAUCAAAGAGAAGCCUGGGUUUCUAACGACACCUACUGGGAGCUUCGAAAGGACCCUGGGUUUAGCAAAGUAGACAGCCCCGUUCUUUGGUAAACUGGAGAUGUAGAGCUAGCCAAUAUCCCACACUCGGAAUGAAUAAAUAACUAUGCACAAUUAUGUUUCUUAUAGCUACGCGUGGUUUCUGGGUCGACUGAAAAGCUCCCAUUGGCUUUUCUAUUCAUCUUUAUAAUGGAUUUUCAAAAGUGCAUUAGACAAGGCUCCUAACCACUUUUGGAUCCUUUCUGUUUUGCUGCAACCAUAUUCCUUAAAUAAAUAAAUAAAUAAAUAAAUAAAUAAAUAAAUAAAUAAAUCCCAUGCCCUCCUCGGAAAGCAGCCUAAAAGAAGGAGAAUAUAAAAUCCAAAGUCGGAAGAGUCGGAAAAGAAGAUGAAACUGUAACAGGCGCUUCAAGCCAAUCAGGAGAGUUUUAAAUGUUACACAAGCUACAUGUUCAGUCUGCUAUCUGAAAGCUGCAUCCCGUACCUUAGGAGCUCCUGGGCCAUCGUCGGUUAGUUUGGACUUGAAGUGUGUUCUUUUGAUGUGGUGUGCUUGUUCUCAGCCUCGUCAAAAUGGACAAUGUGAUGCUUCCCGAAACCCAUUCCACCUUUACGACAUUGUUCAUGCCUUAAGAAAUGCAAAGAUGUACAAUAAACCGUUUUUUAAAUGUGUGCUCAUAGGUGUAUGUGAAGGAAAGAGUCCUGGCAUGAUUCACUUUCUUGGUCAGAAGGUUGAUUCAGCUAAUAGAAGGAUUAAAUGAGGAAAAAAAACAUGCUUUCCUUUGCUAAGUCGCUUCUGCUGUGGUGGAUCUGAGGGGCAAGAGGGCUAAGGUACUGUAUACUAAGUAGAUCUCUGUAUCCAGGUCGUUCUUUAAGUUCCUGUCCUAUGUCCAGAUAGUAAGCCAUCCCUCCUCCGUCUGACCUCACAGUGUGUCCUGAAAUUUGGAAAAAGUUGUAUCUGAUUUGGACACCCGUCAUCAGUGUUAAACUUCAGUAGGAAGUAACAAACCCCAGUGUCUGCUGGGGCCGGGUAAAGCACACAGGCCAUAGAACACAUCCCUGGCUCAUGCCCACCGCUUGACACUGUUCCAAUUCCAUGGAGAACAAAAGCUUGUUUGUAUUAUGUAAAUGGAUCCUAUGCAUAAUCCUGUUUCUUUUUUAAAAAAAAAAUCCAGCGGUUCCAUAUGAUACAUGGUUACAUAUUAAGCAUCUACCUUGCUAAGGGCAGAUAUAUAAAACUUAUGCUUAAAAAAAAAAGUUAUCCAUUCCAAAGGUGGGGGUGGGCAAGGUGUGUUUUGAAUUCUUCAGGUUUUGUUUUUCCUCCACAGGUACACAGAGGCUUUUGUAGGAAGCUUGCAUUGGCAUUUUUAAGUUCUUGCAUGUACAUGACAAUAUAAACACCUGUAUGUUUUUUUUAAAAAUAAAAUCUCUUAAGGGGGCUUCCUAGUGAAUUAGAAACUUACAUAUAUUUUAUUGUUAGAGUUUUAUUCUUAGAUUCUUACCAUCUGAAUUUAAGUGUUACUUUAGAAUCUGAUAACAAGGUUAGUGACAUUUUAUAUUCUGUUAAGAGGUAUCAAUCUUGGUGUUAUUUCUAACCCCCUGCAAAGCAUUCCUAAUAAUGGCUAACUCACCAUAAAACCCAAAGCUGCUGCGAACAUGGAGGGAAAUCCAGAGUUUCCCCUGGAUGGAGCAAUAUUUUAGUUAUCCCCAAAUUCAUCUCCCCUUUCAUGUACACCAUGCACACAGCUGGUAGUCAUUGGAAUGGAACUUCGCUCUCCAAAGAGUUCCCGAAGUCAGAGCCAGAGCUUGGCUUUCGGCUUACACAGCUUUCUCCAUGUGCUCCUGGGUCCUAGGUGGCUUGCCCUGCAGUUGUAAAACCUUCCCCUGAUUCACGGACUACUUUUUUUCUCUGUUUUAUCAGCGCAUCUCUAGUUAUGUCUGAUUUUAUACUGAGUUAGGACUUAAUUACAGUCCUGUGGACCUCCUCACAAAAGCUGGUUCUCCUCCAACUGAGAAAGCUUACAGUACGAUUUAAAGUGGGUCUCGCCUGCACUUACUAGUGUCUGACGAAAUGGUCUUAGAACCACCUAAGUAAGAGAAGAGUCCUUUGGAAUAGAGAUGCCACAAGGAGGGACUAUGAAGGUGAAGUGUUCAAAACACUAUAGGAGCCGUCCAUUUAGUAAAGGGCAGAAGGCCCAGGAUGCGGCAGGGAAGUAACCACAGCUCCCAGGUUUGGAUUAACUGAGAAGAUAGGAGAAACAACAGAUGAGGCCUUUGUAGUCAGAUAGUAAGGUUAAGAUGACAAAUAAGAACAGUAGAUGAUGGUCAGGUCUACCCUGAAACUCUAGUAAGAAUUUUAGGAUGCAAGCGAGAGAAGCGUGGGGCUAAUUACAAUAACAUUGUAUGGCAUCCUUCACUUUGAAUCUCUCUGGAGAUUCUGGUUCCCCUGGGUGUGGUCAUCAUGUCAUCAGGUCGCGUCUCAAUCUUGUCAUCAGUUAAGCUUCAGAUUCCCCCAUAACGCCCGCACCGGACUCACUCACUUGUGUUGCUGAACCAGCCUUGUCCUUUUUGUUCACACAGUGAUUAUAAAGGACUCUAUUGGAAUUUCAUUUACAUGACAUAUCAGCUAUUAAACCUAAAUGACAAAAGGGUGGAGUGCUAUAGCUUAUCCUCUUGAUAAAAUGUGAUGUAGUCCUUGGAUUUUACAUAAACCACUAUAUUUGGGAGAUACUGGUAGAAAGGCUUGGUAUGCCUGUGUUCUUUUUCCAUCCUCCCUCCCCUCCAAGGUUGUCCUGAGAGUGACAGUGACCCUGAGGGGUUUGCCAGACUGGACUGGUCAGUACCAGCCUUUGCAGAGGCUCACCAAAACUGGAUCAUUUUGAUGCUGAGUGCUGUUAACCCAGGUGCAAACGUACUCUUCAGUGUUGCUGAUCUUCCUUAUUUUUUGUCAUUUUUUUUUCUUGGAUUAUCUUAAAAUGAUGUCCAUGUUAUCUCCAGGUAGCUGUAAAAUAAUGAAAAUAAAAUAAACUUCAUUUAAGAUACCCUUUAGUGGUACAUGUCAGUUGUGUGUGAUUGCAGGGCCAAAUGUCAUUCUUCUGCCUGAGGAAAACCUAGGGAGUUAUGGUACAGAGGCUACCAACUCGUCAACAUCCCAAAUCUUUUGUGUUCAAGCUCUUGAUUCUUCUGGCCUUGUGUUUUUUCUGCAUGAGCACUUACCAGUUAUUAGAUCCUGUCCUCAAGAAGGUUAGAGAGGGAGAGACAUUCUAGGGAGGAAACCCUGAUUAAUGUGUUUAGUAGUAAAGAACAUUUUUGUUACUCUUCUGUGGGUUUAAUUAUCCAUCCUGUCUAAUGCCGUUCUCUGUCGUCCUAGAUAAGAAAGCGUUCGUGGGAGCAGAGCUCCGCACGGCAGGGGGCGUUAACAGAUGUUUGCACUUGGCUCAGUCUGUUAGGAAUGUGGCACAGUAAUAAAGUUUGUGUACAGAAUAUUAGUUUAUUUCUAUGAGAGCAAUUAUGUUCAGGAUAUAUAAAAAAUGUAUCUAAUUAAACCAUUAUGGAUCUAUUUUGUGCUCUAGAAAUGUUCUUUUUUGGGAGGGGGGGCGAUGUGUCGGUAGAGCGAAAAGUAAAAUGCUGAUGUGUUCUCAUGGGUUUGGUUUUGUCUCCCAAAUGCUCUGUGGCUUUUGAGAAACACUCUAUAUCACCCCAGGAUUCUAUCUUAAUUGAGUUUGGUUUGUAAACAUUUCUACUUUGAAAGUUGUGCGUCGUGUGGCUCCUUCUCUUAAGCAGAAACUAGCUUUAUUAACAACAUCUUCAGUACCUCUUCUGCCUGUUACGGAGAUGUGGAACCUUUCUGCAGCGGCUGCUUUCAAAGAGAGGAUGGCAAAUCGCCUUGGACGGGUUUGGCUUCAUUCUCCUAACCUGGGACCCAAAGGGUGCUCUGAUGAAGUAACAUGCCCGACAUCCUAAGUAGAUCAGGCCCUUAGGACAGACGGACGGACAGACAGUCAGACAGCUGGCAGACGCCUCGUCUGGAAGAGAAUUGGUGUUGUACUCUUGCAUUGGCUUUUCAAAGCAACAAACUUGUCUCUCUAUCCUCUGGUCCUUACAAGCAGAAGGAGAGAUGCAUGUUUCUGUUGUUGGGCGCCAUGUCGUUGUCUGUGAAAUGGGCUGUCUUUAUGUGUAAUUUCAGUCAUUUGGUAUUAGAAACUGCUUCAUUCACUUUCCUCGUGAACACUAUUAAUUCUUCAUGAGUUAAAAGUUUCCUUAUACACACAUAUUAUGAGUUAUUUUCCAAACUGAUAGGAAAAAAAAAGUUAACCAAAAGUUCUCCGUUUCCAUAAAUGUUGUUUCUAUCUGUACCUUCCUUCCCAAAAUGAGUUAAUUGUAAAGAAAAGGAUAUUAAAUUUUUUGGUAAAAUAAAGUGGAAUCCUGUGUGGGGUCUGUCUGUUUCUUCUAUCAGUGUUAGAUCAGAUGAGGAAGGGAGCUGAACUCUUACAGACAGGACGAUGAUAAAGUCACUCACUGCUCCCUUACAUGUCUGCUCUCCUUUAGUGUUUCAUCUCAGG